UGUAAAUACGUUUAGUUGCCAGGAAGUAAACUAGUGUGCGUGCCAAGAUGGAAAAUGAAGGGACAAAACAUCUUCAAGCUAAAAUAAUCGCGCUUUUGAGAGUAUAGUAAAUCUAUUUUCAAGCUAGAAGACUGGAACGUAUCAGCUUUGAACAUGGAUAUUCAUGAAAGAAGUCAACCAUGGGGGAAGUUAGUAAAAGUGGACACUGAAUCGGAAGUAUUGCUUGUCAACAGGGAAUGCACUGUCGGGCGAAGAAAAGGCUGUGAUCUUUCCUUUCCUGCUAGCAAACUGGUCUCGGGGGAUCACUGUAAGAUAGUCCAGGAUGAGAGAUCAGGGUUGGUGUGGCUAGAGGACAUGAGCACCAAUGGUACAGUGAUUAACAUGUCAAAGCUGGUGAAAAAGCAGGUUCAUAUGCUGCAGAAUGGAGACGUCAUCUACUUUGUGUACAGGAAAAACGAGCCAGAGCUAAAUAUUGCCUACAUAUAUCAGUCCAUAAAACCAGAGAGGACAUUCUCACAAGACUCAAUUUGCGACGCCACCAAAUGCUCAGAUAUGCAGCAGAAAGCCCAACCCUGCACUGUUCCAGCAGCAGUGUCUGUGGAGCCAUUCCUGGUUGGACCUCCAUGGGAACAGCAGGCCUUAGAGGAGCCCCAGCCCUCCACCUCCUCCCACCUCUUCCACACAUUCUCCCCCUCCACAGCAUGUUCCUCUGCAGCCUCCCUCCUGCACUCCUCUGCCUCAGGUUCCGAGGGUCCUAAAUGUGCUGCAUCCUCUGUAGGCAAGGCUGAGGAGCCCAACUCCAACCUCCUCUGCUCAACAGAUGUGCAACAGACUGAAGCCCAGAGCAGAGUCCCAAUGCUGGAAGAGGGGGACAUGGAGCCAGAGAGAAAGAGGAGGAAAACUGACAGUGCUGAUAAGAACUAUGAUUUUGGACUGCCACAUACUUCCAGUAUUGAGGUGUUGGGCCCGGGCCCAGCUAAGGGAACUCUUAUCACGGAUCUAUUGGGAAAAGCUGCCGUGACUGUGGAAGGAGCCACGACUGACAAAAUGGAGGAGUCCCUCACCUGUAUCAUCUGUCAGGACCUACUUCAUGACUGUGUCAGCCUGCAGCCCUGUAUGCACACCUUCUGUGCUGCGUGUUACUCUGGCUGGAUGGAGCGCUCGUCUCUCUGCCCCACCUGUCGCUGCCCCGUAGAGAGGAUCCGCAAGAACCACAUCCUCAACAACCUGGUGGAGGCCUACCUUAUCCAGAACCCAGAGAAGUGUCGCAGUGAGGAGGACCUGAAGAGCAUGGACGGCCACAACAAGAUAACUCGGGACAUGCUGCAGCCAAAGAUUGAGCGUUCCUUCUCUGAUGAAGAGGGCAGCUCUGAUUAUCUCUUUGAGCUCUCGGACAAUGACAGCGACGCCUCCGAUAUCAGCCAGCCCUUUGUGAUGUGCAGACAGUGUCCAGGCUACAGGAAGGAGGUUAGCCAGGUUCUAUGGGCCAUAGGGCCAGCUCCUCUAGGACCAGCCCCACCAACUCCUGAGGACAGGGCUGGGAAACCCCUUGGAGAGAGGCCAUCAACAUCAUCAACAUGCUCUGACUUCCCCACUACAGCUCCUCGAGAGUACACGUGUCCUCCUCAGGGCAGCCAUGUCAUCUGCACCUGCUGCCUGCAGCCCAUGCCAGACCGCCGCACCGAACUCUCCUCUCAGCAAUGUGUGGCGUGCCAACGGCCCUUCUGCCACAUGUACUGGGGUUGCCAGAGGAUCGGCUGUCAAGGCUGCCUAGCACGUUUCAAUGAACUCAACCUUACAGACAAAUGUCUGGACGGUGUUCUGAACAGCAAUAACUAUGAAUCAGAGAUCCUCCAGAAUUACUUGUCAGCCAGAGGGAUGUCGUGGAGGGACAUGCUACAGGAGGGUCUUCGGGGCCUGCAACAGGGAACCUUCUACCUCUCUGAUUAUCGCAUCAACAGUAAUGCCAUAAUGUGUUUCUGCUGUGGCCUGCGUGCCUUCAAGGAGCUGGCCUACAAAUAUAGACAGAACAUUCCUGGCUCGGAGCUCCCAGUUGCUGUGACGUCUCGGCCUGACUGUUAUUGGGGACGCAACUGCCGGACUCAAGUAAAGGCCCACCACGCCACGAAAUUCAACCACAUAUGUGAGCAGACGCGUUUCAAGAGCUGAAGAGCCUUGUGGGUGACCUGCUAUGCAAGGCUCCUCUCCAAUCACUGGAGCAAAGACUGACUUCCAAGGAUCUCCUGUAUUACUCUCUGUCUCUAUACAAAGUGGUCCUUUUUUUCCCUCCCUCCCUUAUUAAGCAGCUCUUUGCCCCGAGGUAAAGUGUCUCUCUCUUAGGUAAUAACUUGUAGUUCCCUAACAGGUUCUAUAGACUUUGUAUUUAAUUAUAUGCAGGAAUUACAAUCAAACUCUUUUGGUAAGACUGGCUAGGUAAUGAUUAGCCCAGUCUUAUAGGCAUAGUAGGGUGGGAUAGCACUAUGCACUCCACACAGUAGGACCGGAUUCCCCUAUAUGAUGAUGGACUAAUAUCUUAUGAGGAAUAUGAUCAGCACCCUUCAUUGCAGUAUCAUGUUCUUUUGGGUACAUGAUCAUAUGACUAGUUUGAGGGAUAUAUAUAUAUUUUUUAAAUACACUGAGAACAAUUGAAAAUAAGAAUUUGUUCUUAACUGACUUGCCUAGUUAAAUAAAGGUAAAUAAAAAAUACGUGUACUGUUACACACAGGAUGAAAUGGCAUCUUUUGUGACCGUAGCUUAGAAGGCAUAAAUAUAUUGAUAUUAGUAAGCCGUUGACACUUUUUCUAUUUCCGUGUGCCUGAGUAGUUGGCACAAAAAAAAAGGUGAUUUUGUUUUUCUCUCUCAACUUGUGGUGUAGUGCUUUAGAUAUCUUGGAGAAUUCUGUAUUUGAAAGCUUCCUACUUUUGUGAAAAUACAGCAGCAAAUGGUGUUCUAAAUAGUAUUCAUAUGUUGGAACCUUCCCCCAAACCUACUAGGUAGAAUCACAGCUAUGUUGUCUAAAGACUUCAUAUGCAUAUAUAGACAUUGAGGCUUCUUGUGGUUUCUAUAUAUAUCUCACACACACAAGAAAAAGUAUGUGAACCCUUGUAAAUACCUCAGUUUCUGCAUAAAUUGGUCUUAACAUUUGAUCUGAUCUUCAUCUAGGUCACAACAAUAGACAAACACAGUCUGCUUAAACUAACACACAAGCAAUUAUACAUGUUGUCUUUAUUGAACACACCGUGUAAACAUUCACAGUGCAGGGUGGGAAAAGUAUGUGAACCCUUUGAUUUAAUAACUGGUUGACCCUCCUUUGUCAGCAAUAACCUCAACCAAACAUUUUCUGUAGUUGCAGAUCAAACCUGCACAACAGUCAGGAGAAAUUUGGACCAUUCCUCUUUGCAAAACUGUUUCUGUUCAGCAAUAUUCUUGGGAUGCCUGGUGUGAACUGCUCUCGAGGUCAUGCCGCAGCAUCUCAAUCGGGUUGAGGUCAGGGCUCUGACUGGGCCACUCCAGAAGGUGUAUUUUCUUCUGUUGAAGCUAUUGUUGUUGAUUUUACUUCUGUGUUUUGGGUCGUUGUCCUGUUGCAUCACCCAAUAGCAUAACAUUCUCCAGCAAAAUAUCCUGAUAAACUUGGGAAUUCAUUUUUUCAUCAAUGAUCGCAAGCUGUCCAGGCCUCGAGGCAGCAAAGCAGCCCCAAACCAUGAUGCUCCCUCCACCAUACCUUACAGUUGGGAUGAGGUUUUGAUGUUGGUGGCUGUGCCUUUUUUUUUUCUUCUCACAUAGUGUUGUGUGUUCCAAACAACUGAACUUUAAUUUCACCUGUCCACAGAAUAUUUUGCCAGUAGCGCUGUGGAACAUCCAGGUGCACUUUUGCAAACUUCAGAUGUGCAGCAAUGUUUUUUUGGUUUUUUUUGACAGCAGUGGCUUCUUCCGUGGUGUCCUCCCAUGAACACUAUUCUUAUUUAGUGUUUUGUAGACAACAGAGAAGUUAGCAUGUUCCAGAGAUUUCUGUAAGUCUUUAGCUGACACUAGGAUUCUUAACCUCAUUGCAAGAGCACAGCGCAGAAUGCUCAAUCAUCUUUGCAGGAUGGCCACUCCUAGGGAGAUUAGCAACAGUGCUGAACUUUCUCCAUUUUAUAGAUAAUUUGUCUUACUGUGGACUGAUGAACAUCAAGGCUUUUAGAGAUACUUUUGUAACCCUUUCCAGCUUUAUGCAAGUCAACAAUUCUUAAUCUUAGGUCUUCUGAGAUCUCUUUUGUUCAAGGCAUGGUUCACAUCAGGCAAUUCUUCUUGUGAAUAACAAACUCACAUGUUGUGAGUGUUCUAUAGGGCAAGGCAGCUCCAACCAACAUCUCCAAUCUCGUCUCGUUGAUUGGACUCCAGGUUAGCUGACUCCAAUUAGCUUUUGGAGAAGUCAUUAGCCUUGGGAUUCACAUACUUUUCCCAGCCUACACUGAAUGUUUAAAUGAUGUAUUCAAUAUAGACAAGAAAAAUACAAUGUUAAUGUUAUUAGUUUAAGCACACUGUCUAUUGUUGUGACUUAGAUGAAGAUCAGAUCAAAUUUGAUGACCAAUUUAUGCAGAAAUCCAGGUAAUUCCAAAGGGUUCACAUACUUUUUCUUGCCACUGUAUGGAUGACAAAGAUAUUCAGUGGCACCAUUUUGAAUUCCGACAGCUUCCACAUAUUAAUAAGACGAUGCAUUUUGUGUUUAUUGGAAAAGGGAGGUUAUACUUAGUUUUGGGAAAAGGGGAUUUCUGCUGAGUUUCUUUGGAUUUCCCGACAAGGGCAAAAAGCCAUGUACAAGCUAAGCAUAAUAGGGCUGAGUGAGAAUCCAUGGGAUAGUUAGUUGUAUAGGAUUUCAGUUUGUCAGGCGGGGAUAAUGAGGGUUAUGUGUUGAAAUGUUGUUUUAUCUGAGGCUGGGAAAGGCAGGGGUGUUCAGUUAUAUGCUUUGCUCGGGAUAAUCAACGUAAAGCAGAUUUAUUUCUUUUAAGUAGUUUAUUAGAGAAGCUUUCUCAGCUCUGAACUAGUAGUAACGGCCAAUGCAGUUUGUUGUUGUUAGAAUGCCCAAUGGUUUGUUAGACUUGGGUUCAGGGGGGUAGAAUUGUUCCUCCUUUUUUGCAUUGUUAGGUUAGUGGUGUUGGCUAAACAUGUUGAUUUAAGCCAACAACUUGAUCAUACUGUGUGUAUCAUACUUGUUAGUAAGGAUGACUAUUCUGUAUUGUUUUGCAAGCCCAAUUUUGCAGAACCCCCCCCCCCCCCAGGUAAUAAUAUGUUAAACUUGACACCUCUGCUUUGUAUUCCAGUUCAUACGAUGAGUACAUGUUUUUGGACAUAUGUCGCCGUAUUGAAGUGUAACCUUGGAGCAUUUUGUAUCGAUCUUUAUAACAAAGUUUGUUUUUAUCUGAGUUAUUUUUUUUUUUUUUUGUGCGGUGUUUAUUGUUUUGGAGAAACAGAGGAACAAAUGCCAUGGUUUGGUUAAACCUAAAUUGGUGCAAAUGUCCUGUAUUAAGUUUUGAGGAAAUACUACAUUGCCGUUAGGAUUCAAACUUGUUUAGGGUGUUUUCACUGUCAGACAAAGUGUUGUAUUUACACAGUACUCACUUGUCUCUUACCAUUAUCUUUAAAUUAGUGACCAUUAUCUUUUAAAUUAGUGACCAUUAUCUUUAAAUUAGUGACCAAUCAUAUGAAAGUCUAAUCGGCCCAGUCUCUGCAGACCUUUUAGGCUAGCAAGAAUGCCCUGAUAUACUAUUUUCUUAUGUGCCCUUUUGUAUAUUAAAAAUAACUUGCGUUGUUAGUAGUGAAGGAAAGUACAGCAUUUUGGGGGGAGGGUUGGGGGUAUACAGUCAUUAAAGUGAAAAAAAUUACUUUGCAAGAAAUGAAAUGAAGAGGUUAUUCACUUUGAUCCAAUAUCUUGUGUAUUCUGUGUAAUUAAAAAAAAAUGUUUUGUUGAUUUUUGUAAAUUGUGACAUUAAAUUACAACAUUGAUUUAAUAUGGGAAAAAG